AUGCCUCCUGCCGGCGGUCCCCGUACGCCGCGCCCCGCCGCGCUGCCCCGCAGCCUGUCCCGCCUGCGCCAGUGCCCGGGCCGCUCCCGCAUCGUGCUGGCGCUCGGGGCCACGCAGAUGGCGCUCGGAUGUCUCAUCGUGGCUGUCAGCUUCGCUGCGCUGGCGCUCACCACCUCGGCCCGCGUCCGCCACUCCUGUCCCUUCUGGGCCGGCUUCUCGGUGCUGUUGUCAGGACUCAUUGGUGUCGUUUCCUGGAAGAGGCCUCUCUCGCUUGUGAUAACCUUUUUCAUGCUGCUUUCUGCAGUGUGUGUAAUGCUGAAUUUGGCUGGCUCAAUCCUCUCCUGCCAGAAUGCUCAGCUAGUCAACUCCUUAGAAGGCUGCCAGUUGAUCAAGUUUGACAGUGUGGAGGUGUGCGUCUGCUGUGAGCUACAGCACCAUUCGUCUGGCUGCAGCAACCUUGGGGAGACGCUGAAGCUGAACCCACUGCAGGAGAACUGCAAUGCUGUGAGGCUGACCUUGAAGGAUCUCCUCUUCAGCGUGUGUGCCCUCAACGUCCUGUCCACCAUUGUGUGUGCACUGGCCACAGCCAUGUGCUGCAUGCAGAUGGUCUCCUCCGAUGUCCUGCAGAUGUUUUUCCCACACAGGUCACAUUCUGCUGAUCCUGCCUGUGUCACCGCACAUGGCACCAUUCUCCACCAGACCCUAGACUUCGAUGAGUUCAUUGCCCCCCUCCCCCCUCCGCCCUACUAUCCCCCGGAGUACACCUGCACACCCUCAGCCGAGGCCCACAGGGGCCUUCACCUGGACUUUGCUUCCUCUCCAUUCAGCACUCUGUACGAUGUCGCCAUCAAUAGCCCCAGCAUGAUAUACCCUGCUGAGCUGCCCCCACCAUAUGAGGCCGUGGUGGGCCAGACUCCCUCCAGCCAGGUUCUAAGUGUUGAUCACCAGGUAGCUGAAACCAGUUCUGGGGAUCCAAAUACUGCUGCUGACUUUAGCACACCAGUACCUGCCAGUACCACAAGCCUCCCAACGUCAGAGGGUACCACCUCACUGGGUCAGAGUCACUCAUCCCCCGAAGGCACUCUGGGCAACCCACCAUCUGUGCCACCUACCACAGGCUCCCACCACGUGUCCCCAGAGACUACAAGUGUGAACACACAGGCAAGACCAAAUCUUGGACGUAUGGCCCGCUCUGCCAGUGACCCCACUUCCUGUGCAUCCAACGAGGCAGUCUUCAUGUCACGCUCUACCAUGGCUGCCUGUCAGCACCACCUCUCACCCCCUGGGAACCCAGAUACCCAAAAACUGGACCAACAGACCAAGCCAGAGGCCUUAGAGACUGUUUCCAAGAUGCGGCCACACUCUGUAGUGGACAGCAAGGCCUAUGCAGACACCAGGGUUUUGGUGGCCAAGUUUUUAGAACACUCGCACAGUACCCUCCCUCCUGAGGUACGACACGUGGUGGGCGCCAUCCGCUCAGCAGUCACCUCCGAGGAGCCCCAGGUGGAGGAGGCUAUCUUUGGUGCUGGUGUCCUAGACCAGCUAUGAAGCAGCCACAGGCCUGGAUGCGGACACUGUGAGGAUGGACCUGGUGCCAUGCACAGCCUGGUCCUGCUGGAAGCUGUCAUGCUUGGUGCAGAGAGGACUUUGGCCUGGUUGGCAGAGAACAAACAGGACACCCAGGAGGCUCUCCGGUGGCUCAUGCGGGAAAUCGUUCGUUAUUCCUUCUCCUGAGGCAGAUCCCGUCAGUUGUCUCGGGCAUUGUGUUUCUCACCUGGUUUCUCAUGUCCUUAGUGAACUCUGCUUUGGUCAGGGAUGGGCCGCUUUGGACUGACGAGCCUGACAGGAAUAUCAGUCCAGCAUCACACAGCACUCAUGGACAUCAAGACAGCACAUAUCUUCUGAGUCAGGAGAAGGAUUCUUCUCCACGUCCAAUUUAGUGUGUUGAAAUGCAUGCAGAAUGACAGCAAGGAAUGGGUCAUUUCCCAUAUGGCUUUUAUCACUCUGCAAUGAAACUUUAGGCAAAUUUGGACCUAUUAUUUCCUUUAAAAGGAAAUGCAUAAUGUUAGCACCGCCUGGGCCCAACUUUUUGCCCUCUGGGCCAUUGUGUAAACAAAUACACAAAGGAGAUAUCCACGGUGGCCCAGCCACCCCCUCCAAGUAGGCAAGCGUUGCCUGUUUGAGGAGCCCACCAUGUCCUUGUCUCCCGGGCCUCAUGGCUAUGCGCCUGUUCAUGGGCUGCUGUUCCCACCACCUCCCCAGGUUCCUCUCCCACCAAAGUCUCCCAUCCUUUAACUAGAGCAGACACAGAUAACUGGUGAUUUGUCUUGUAACAAUAUGCACCUGUCUGGAGGCCCUGGGGGAGGGUUCCCUUGUCAAUGACCUCACCUGAUUGACCUGGGUGGGUCAAAGUGUAGAAAAAGAGGCCGUUAUCUCCAGCAGUGUGCACCCUCUGCUAAGGCCUCUCAUGGCCCAGAGUUGUCCUCCCCUACCCAGGUGGUAGCAAGCACAUCUGUAUUAGAGGAGCAGAUUGUCAGUCAUUUAUUUCUGUGAGAAUUCCCAUCGCUUUGAACAAGCAGAAGCAGGAAAGUCCAGCUUGGGCACCACUGGGGUGCCUUUGGACAGCGUGAGCUUCUCUUUCCUGUCUGCCCCAACCUUGAUUUUCUGGCAACAGCAGCAGCAGCAACCACUUUCCAACUAUGGCUGUACAGCAACAUUGCCUGCAAGAACUUUAUGCACUGAUGGAAACGCUCAUGCCAGCGCCAUCCAAAACAGCAGCCACUAGUAUAUGAGGUUUCUGAGCACAUGGGUGGUGGCCCAUGGACCCCAAUCUAGGCAAAGCACUCGAGAGCCUAUGAACAGUGCCAGAUGUGGGCUAAAUUGUACCCUCUGUUGUUUGGUGCCCAGUUUGUGAGCUCAGGCACUUCUUCCCUCUGUUCUGUGCGGCCUGUGCCUGUCAUUCAUCCAUUUCUCCCCUCAUCCCAGCCCCUGCAGGCAAUGUACUGAGGAACUCUGUCUGUUUGGGAAUUGGUGGGUUCCAGCCCACACACAGUGAAGUCAGUGGUCAGCCGCCAAUGCCUUGAUGGCUUUACUCAUGCUGUAGGUUGUUGCCUUCCUGAGGUUAGAGAGCUGAAAAGUAUAAAUCAGGCUUUUUGAUGACAACCUUGCCUUUCCCACAUGAGACAUACUCGAGAUGAAUUUAUGAGCACUUUAUUCAGACUAUAAAAUGGGAAAUCUAUUCUCUAAUUUUUCUCAAGUGAGGACUUUAGAAGUCCCCCAAAGCAAGUCCCUUUGUAGGUAGAGUUAACUAAUGGUUUUUUGAAAUAGCCUCCCCUGAGCUUCUCAGAACAAAGCUAGCAGAACAAAGCACUUACACCCCCAGGCCUGGGCCUGGGCCUGGGAGUCAGAAAUUUUCAUCACCUCAGGAGCGAGAUGGAGAGAGGUGGCUACCAGCUGCUUGAAGGGCCCAUGCAGUGUCUUUGAGCUGAGCCCUAGGCUAGGUGUCACUUGCAGGUCUCAGGCCAAGAUGCAACCCCAGGGAGGCUGAAACUCACUGCGCCCCCACUUGGAUUCAUUGUACAUACAGGGUGAGCGGGUGGUGCUCUGUAGCCUUCAUUCAUCCUUUCUGCAGCUGGCCCUGGACUUAUCUGCCAUGUGUCUCCCUCAGGUGCAGGCUGGCACUGCCACCUGGAAACCUUUCUUUGUCCCAAAAGGAAGUGGUACCACUCUGGCUUAGUUCCGUGCUUGCUCUCCUAACAGUUCUAGCUUACAGAUAAAUAAACCCAGCAUACUUUUGGCACUGGGGUACAGGCUGCACCUAGAGCAAGGCUGUUAGGGUUGAUGGGCCCUCCCUGGUGGAUCUCAGGGCCCCUGGUAGCCCAUGUGGACACUAGGAAGGCCCAAACUCCAGGCUUCCAGGAAAGGUUACCAGAAAGGAAGGGCCACCAAUGUAUUGUCAACUUGACUUGUCCUCUCUGGGUCCCCUUAAUCUUGAUUCAGUGGUGUCCUGGUACCAGGAGGUCCAGCAGCAGGCUACACCUCAGACAGUAUACAGGCUCCCAGCUAAGAACAAAGCUGGCUUCCCCAUUUCACUUGCACACAGCCUUCCUCCUGCUGCCUGUGCUGGUAUCUGAAUAGGUAUGACAGUGACCGUUGCAGAGACAACUCCCCCGUUCGAAUUUGUCCAGGUCUUGGGUGGGCCCCAAAGAAGGAUAGCACCUGCUAGGAUGUCAUUCUUUGAUCCCAGCUUGUGGGGCAUGAAGGUACUGACAUGGGCAAGCUGGGCCCCAACUCUACUACAUCUAAGGUGAGGGGCCUUAUUGGCAAGGACAAUAGUUUCCUUGAAUGGGAGGUGAUGAUACAAAUUAAAUAGUUGCAACAAACCCUGAACCAGAAAGCUUAUUUCAGAUGUUCCUUCUCUUCCCCUCUGCUACCAACUCACAGAUGCUGCUAAGGCAGAGUUUAUAGGAAAUUGUUUUCAUGCCACCAGAGACCUGUUUGUACAACUCAAAAGGUUGUAUUUAUUUAAUGUACCUCAAGGUGUUUUAAUAAUGAUCAGUGUUUUAAUAAAAAGUAUUUCUGGUC